ACUGAGCUUCAUGGGCAAAUGUACCAGGAUCGCUGCACCCAAGCACUUUUGCCAGCUACAAACAAUCAUUUCGAUAUCUGCAAACGAUUGAGUCGAAAACAAGCACGCAACUCGACUCGCAGGCUUCAACCCACGACUGCGCGACAAAUUACCACCUGAAAAUUCAGACAGCAAGGGCGGACGCGCCAACCAGCAACAAUGGCGACACAGCACUUUGGGCUCCUCGAGGAGCGCGACGAGAACGAGCUGCACAAGACGCGCCUGCUCAAUGUCGAGGAGAAGCCAUUCAAGCGCAUCACGAAACGCCUGAUAGGGCCAGGCGCCUUCACAAACCCGAGCGCGCUCAAGCUGCCAACUACACCACCGCCAGAGGCCGGCCCCAACGAGGGCGAAGAUCCAUCCUCGACAGCGGACACGAACUCCACAGUCCCGCCGGCGCCGCCGGCCGCCGAGAUCGCCGCCCUCAAGGAGGACAUAAUUCUCGACUUUGCGGCGUUCGACAGCGCCAUUGCGCGGCUGCAGUUCCUCGCACAGGCCAAUGCCGCCGAGCGGGAGCGGUACGCUGCGGACCGGCUGCGCAUCCUCGCGACCAUGGACAGCGUGCGGGAGAACAACUCACAGCUGCGCGUGCAGCUGGACCAGGCGAAGGCGACACUGGCCCAGCGGAAGAAGUUCGACGACCUGGCGGACAAGAUCACGAGCAAUCGCAUGCUGCGCACUCGGUCGGAGCAGCAGGUCAACCUGGCCAAGCUGGCGGAGGAGUGUGAGGAGCUGCACCGCGAGAGCGAGACGUAUAGCGAGACGUGGCGGGAGCGCAGAGAGCAGUUCGGCAGGCUGGUUGAUGAGGGCAAGAGGCUGCGCGCGCUGAUUCGGGACGAGAAGGAGGAGGUCGAGCGGCGCGAGGGCAUGGACUCGGAUGCUGAGGACGGCGAGACCGGCGAGGGUGGUAGCGGUGCGACGCCUGGUAAGACUGGCGGCAGCAUCAGUGGCAAUGCCACGCCGAGACCAGAUAGUGGUGCGGUAUCGACGCCACGGCCAAGUAGUAGAGGAGAAGGAACACCACGCCCGGAUAGCCCAGGUGCUGGCACUCGUGAAGCUGUUGGUGGCUCUGGACUUCGGCCGGUCGGGGAGGAAAGUACAGGUGCUACACCGCGGGCGGAGAGUGCAGAAGAGCAGACAGCAGAGGGUGAGGAUGUCGAGAUGGGUGAGAGCACACAACAGCAGACACAGUCACAGCCAGGGGAUGCAGCCACGCCCGCCCCUGCUGAGUCGCAAAGUACGCCACAAAUCACUGUCGACGCGCCAGCUGCUGCAGAGGAUAAGAUGGACACGACUUGAAGCGUGGUGGACGAGCAAGUGCACGAGAGUCGUUGGAGAUGUCUUGCUACAAUUUGAGCGCAAAAUACCCCAACAUUACAUGAGCAUCAUAUAUAAUAUGG